GUCGGGGGAUGGUUUGAUGACGACGCUCGCGGACCUCUCGGCCAAUGUUUGGAAGGCCGGUCCGACGCUGGAUCAUUCGACCUACCAGUACUACAUCCAGCUGAAAUUCGGCGGCGCCACGUGGGAAGUCGCGAAGCGCUUCAGCGACUUCGACACAUU